AUGACAGCAAAAGACCCUCGUGAGGUCCACGACGACGAAAAACUCGAUGAUGUAGAACGAUCCGCAGGCACCACCAGCAACAGCAGCGCCGACUCGGUGACGAUCCGCAGCAACAAUGUAGCCGGCGAUGACGAAAACGAAACCGGCAUCGCCAAGGCCGGAGAUGCAACCAUCGCCGGCGACGGAACCAAAGAGGCGUCUGAGACAACGGCGCAGGCACCGCCCGCCGACGAGGAUGCCCCCGAGGCCGGCCGCACCAAGCUGGAGACGACGCUUAUCGUCCUCUCCCUAUGCGCCGCCCUCUUCCUCGCAGCUCUCGACGUCACCAUCAUCACAACCGCCAUUCCCACCAUCGCACAGGAGUUCAACAGCAACAUCGGUUACAUCUGGGUCGGCAGCGCGUACCUCCUCGCCAACGCCGCCUUCGUACCGACAUGGGGCAAGAUUUCCGACAUUUGGGGCCGCAAACCCGUUCUGCUCUCGGCCGUCGCCGUCUUCUGGGUCGGAUCGCUGAUUUGCGGACUGGCAGUGAACAUGGGCAUGUUGAUCGCGGCACGCGCCAUCCAGGGCAUCGGCGGCGGCGGCAUCAUCGUCCUGGUGAACAUCUGCAUCAGCGACCUCUUCUCCAUGCGCCAGCGGGGAGUCUACUUUGGAGUCAUGGGCAUGGUAUGGGCCGUCGCGUCGGCGGUUGGCCCCGUCAUCGGCGGCGUGUUUACGAGCCAGGUCACUUGGCGCUGGUGUUUCUACAUCAACCUGCCCAUCUCGGGCGUCGGCAUCAUCGUGCUCUUCUUCGUGCUGAAGCUGCACAACCCGCGCACGCCCGUCGUCGAGGGCCUCAAGGCCGUCGACUGGAUCGGCACGCUGACCAUCAUCGGCGGCACCAUCAUGUUCCUCUUCGGCCUCGAGUUCGGCGGCGUCACCUACCCCUGGAACUCGCCCACCGUCAUCUGCCUCAUCGUCUUCGGCGUCGUCACCAUCGCCGUCUUCACCGUCAACGAGUGGAAGUACGCAAGGUACCCCGUCAUCCCCAUGCACCUCUUCCGCAACCGGUCCAACCUCGCGGCCUUCGCCACCUCCUUCUGCCACGCCUUCGCCUUCAUCUCGGGCAGCUACUGGUUGCCGCUGUACUUCCAGGGCGUCCAGGGCGUCUCGUCGCUGUUGUCGGGCGUGUACCUCCUUCCCUAUGUCCUUUCGCUUUCUCUAAUGUCCGCGGCGGCGGGCAUCAUCAUCCGCAAGACGGGCAACUAUCUCUAUCUAAUUAUCUCAGGCAUGGCCGUCGCCACCCUCGGAUUCGGCCUGUUCAACGACCUCCCCUUUGAGCGCAACUUCACAAAGAUCGUCCUGUACCAGAUCGUCGCCGGGCUCGGUAUCGGGCCGAACUUCCAGUCGCCCCUGAUCGCAGUACAGACGUCCGUCGAGCCGAGGGACAUCGCCGCAGCGACAUCGACCUUUGGUUUCAUCCGGCAGAUGGCGACGUCCAUUUCCGUCGUCAUCGGAGGCGUGGUCUUCAACAACGAGAUGCAGAAACAGCACCCCCGUCUCCUGGCGGAACUCGGCCCGGAGUUGGCGGGUAUGCUAUCAGGAUCGAGCGCCGCGUCAAGCGUCGGCGUCGUGGCAGGAUUACAGGGCGACGAGGGCCGGAUCGCCCGCGGUGCGUACCUGAACGGCCUGCGGACCAUGUACAUCGUCUACGUGGCGUUCGCGGGCCUGGGGUUGGUGACGAGUUUGUUUAUACGGCAGAAGCAGCUUAGCAAGAAGCACACGGAGCACCGGACGGGGCUGAAGACGCUCCGGAGCCGGACGGGAAAGUGA